AUGAUCUUACCAGCUACAACCACGACCUCCUUUUCUGAAUCAGAUCAUUCUAGUUACUUAUCCAAACGAUUUAGUACGGGUUCUACAGCAAAUAGCAAAUUUAUUGUUUUAGGAGCCAUGUUAGGUUCAAUUGUUGGUUUCCUUACUGUUUAUUAUAUCUUGUUAGUAAUCGCGAUGCCACUUUGUAAGUUAUGUGAGCUGAAGGCUGAUAAGUCUUGUGAACGUACUUUUACAAAUCGUCAAUUUGAUGAAAUCGUUGAAGAAACUAUAAGUCAUCCCCACUCACAAAUGAAUACAUCCAACAUAAAUUCAACAGCACACCCUUCCUCCGCAGGGCCCAAUAAUUCUCAACAACAAGAACAUGAAGAACUCACACCAGUUGUGCCAGUUGCAAAAAAUCAAUCAGAAUAUCCUGAUGAUUUGGUUCCUCCAUAUACGAAAGCUACUACAGAAGAACAAGAUAUGGGAAGUUUUGAUACUAAUGGAGAAUUUCAUCCAACGAAAAAUCCAAAUACAUUAACAACUCCACCACCAGCACAUUUAAGAAACACGAAUGAUGUAUAA